AAUAAAUUCACUUGAAAUGGAAAGUGGUUCAGAAAACUUAAGCAAGCUAUGAAAGUUUCUAAUAUGUGAUUACCUUGAAGCCAAUGGGAUGGAGGUCACCAAGGAUUCCUUCCUCAGAGAGUUUGAGAAUGAGGGUGAUUCAAAGACAAUAUCACUAAAGAGCGCAUCUGCUCUACUGGGCUAUAAAGAAACCAUCAAAGAACAGUUAGACAACAAGGAACAUACCAAUGUUCUGGAAAUUGUAUUGGACCAGCUGCUUAAAGGUUCACAACCUGUGAAAAGCAAGCCAAUGAAAUAAGAAGAAACUUAAAAAGAAGCCUAAGAAAGGAGAUAUUGGCGAACCUCAAGAGGAGAAGUAUGAUUGGGGUGGAGAAAAGAUGACUCCUUGUGAAGAAAUUGAAGAAGGUGACUACUCAUUCGGUCAUAAAAAACUUCAUGCUCAGACACCAUUUGAAGUACUACAAAGCAGGGCCAAAGAUAACGAUACGCUUAAUUUCGGUAAAAACCAAAGCAGCUCUUCAGGAGAUGAUGAACUUGAGAAGGAAUUGGACGAUUUACAUUAA